AUGCGUCUCCCCGGACUGAUUCGAACUGCCGCCAUCCUUGAUCGCUGCCGUGUUCCACUUACAAGGUCACGUGGUGUGAACGCGAAAUGUGCUGACGAUGGUAGCUGUGCCAGCGAUGUGGAAACUCGGAGUUCAUGAGAUCCGUAACCCUAACCAGAGCGCUAGGGUCUACUGUUAUGUAAAAGUUCGAAUUCCCGUGUGAUUCACCUGAACGGCUAGCGAAAUUACUCCAACGCACACUAAAUGCACUGCGUGCUCUCCGGUUUUUUUCACUAGCUUUGUGAAUCACAUGAGGGCUUUGGAAACAGUGGAUAUCGACAACAGCGGCGUUGGGUGGGGUGCACGAUGACGCAAUACCAGUUGGAAAUCACAAGUAGUUGGACAGGGGAUUUCCCUAACCACGCAAAACCCAAGGUGACAUAUGGUAGGCCAUGUUUCCCGAGUUGCCAUUACAGAGCAGUAUCUACAAGGUUUAUUUCUAUAAAUUUAUAUCAGUUGCCUUCUGCCGGUAAUCGCUGUCGCCUAACGAUUUUUUGCAGAAAAUGUUUAAAUUACUGUCCAGGCAAGUGUUGUUUCAGAUAACAUAAAUUUCCCGCACAUCCUCUACACACGCAUGACUAGUCUCUCUAACCACUUUGUGGUUGGGACUUUUCUUAUAUUUACUUCAUUUCACCUGGAGAGGGAUUUCCAGCAAGCAUCAACGGAUCCCCUAGACCUAAGUCGAUUUUCUUUCAAUCGGCCGUGCUAUAGUAUACAUCCGUUAUCCAAAAUUGACAUAAAGUAUGUUUUCCCAUUAGAAUACCUAAAAGCCUCAGAUUAUUGCUUUCUUCGACCGAUUAACGCGUCUACUGUAGACUCAGGUAAACCCUUCCCUACUAAUGGCGCUGACUUCAUAUUCAAUUCUGAAUUGACAUGCGUCGAGUAACCAAUUGCAAUAACAUACUAAUGAAUCACAGGGGUACUUACUGUGUGUCGUGCUUCUGGGUAUCGAUUCCGCUAGCUUGUUCCAGUAAUACGCCCAAACUCCAGCUACCACGUCGUUGGCGCCAGCAAAUUCCAUUUUGUCCCGGACGCAUCUCCCGGACUGAUUCGAACUGCGGCCAUCAUUGAUCGCUGCCGUGUUCCACUUACAAGGUCACGUGGUGUGAACGUGGAAUGCGCUGACGAUGGCAGCUGUGCCAGCGAUGUGGAAACUCGGAGUUCAUGAGGGCACUAACAUUAUCUCUUACAACAGCCCUAAUCUCAUCUUUAUUAUAGGAGGGAUCCUUCUUUGUAAGUUUCACCUUAACGGCUAGCGAACUUACUCCAGCCUAUGUUAAAUGUUCUGCGUGCCAUCCCGUUUUGUGCAGUUUAAACCCCCUUGCAGUUCUUCUGAGUACUUCUAUUACUUUUUAAAUCAUAUAUAUAUCCUUACGCGUCGUCUGUGUGUUCUGAUGUUGUAGCCCAGUGUGGAUUGUGGAAAUUCUCCCCGAGGGUCAAAAGGAACCGCGAUGCGCGAUGUCGACGGAACCAACUUCCAAGACGAUUUUUGUCGAUUGGAACAGUGGUCCCGCAGAUGACUAUUGUCCUGCAACUCGGACAAAUGCAGCAUACUGCACCUCGCAUCUUGAAUAUGCGAUCGGGGCCCGGAGACCCUGGAUGCAGAAGCCUUAUACUCUCCUCGAAAUGGUGCAGAGACGAGCCGCACAAUUAGUAAGAUCUUAAGAUGCGCUGUCGUGUGAAAUUCGUGUCAUGGAGCUGUGGAUUUUCCAGAGCGAGGCGCUUGUAAUGCUACAGUCUGUAGAGCCAUUCCAACCUCGGCUUGACAGAUACAUGUCGCAGUAACAAGCGGACAAUGUGAAUAUGUGACCACAAAAACCGAUGUACUACGUGAACCUUAGUCUUCAUUCACUUGACGCUUUUAUUUUUUUACGUUGUUACUAAUUCUUUCGAUUUUAUAUGACGAAGAUGAGGUUAAAAUGUAUAAACCUAUUUUGUCAAACGCACUGACUGAUUUGAUCUUUGAAAGGUGGUCCAAUUUGCUCCAGCAUGUUACGAGUUCCUGGUCGAACUUUGAAAUAAAUCAAAGAUUGACACUAUAAAAUCGCCCAGCAUUGAUAAGUGCUUUCUUCAACGGACUGACGCGAUUACUGUAGGUUGGAAUCGUCUCCCCGUCUACUGAUAAUGAGUUCAUCAGCAUUGUUGACUCAAAGUGCACCAAAUUUUUGGUGUCGGUAUCGGGUUUUAAAUUCACACAGGCACUUCCCGUGCGUCUUGGUCGCGCGAGCUGCUUUACACUGACUGACCAGGCAUUUAAGUAGCAUGACUAAAUACGCCAUACCACGUCCUCAGCGUCAUUCAGCUCCAUUUUAUAACGGAUGCCUUCUCGUACACGCUAACAGGCCGGAAUCAAACAGCAGCCACAUUUAUUGCAGCCGUUAUCGCCUUGCAUGUUCGCGUGUUGCAGGCUCGAAAUUCCUCAUCUCAUUGUGUAUUGACGGCGCGGCUCUGAUGUCAUUCACGUACAAACCGGAAUCCGGCCCGAUUGCGCCGCAUCCUAGAGUCACUCACAGCACGAAGUCGUCUGAGUAGGACAAUAUCAAAGAUCUUCGCCGCAACGUCGAUGAGGGUUAUGUCGCGGUCGUUUUUGGAUCUUGAAGUAUUCCUCUUCCUUAGGAUAGGUACAAGGAUGCCUAAGCCCCAGUCCUCGGUGGCGAACCCGUUUAUCCACGCUUGUUCAAUAAUCUCAUGUAGCCAGGACGCCAGAGUGUCAACAAAGGACCUGCAGAUUUUAUCGGGUACACCGUCCUCUCCCGUUGCCUUUUUGUUGCGAAGCUUUCGUACAGCAUCGGUGGUUUUUCUUCCAGAUGGGUGGAUGCAUGGCACUGCAUAGGUUGGUGGGGAGGAAACUGCGCUGGAGGAGAGAGCAAGAAGGGGAUUUGUUGGUUAUCGAAUAUGAGAUGGUGUUCGAAGUGCUCACUCCAGCGCCCGACUUUAGCCGAGGUGUUGGCAAUAAAGCCGCCGUUCACGUCACCAACAGAGUCCGAAAUCGACUUACUUCAUCUGAGUAGACUUGCUGGCUACAAAUAAUUGUUUUUUUCGACUACAUUAAGGCGCCUACUCUAGAAAUACAUCAUCCUCAGUCCUGCAUUGACAUGCAUGAAAUAAAAAACCGUUACAGCAAUAUUGCCAAAUCACUCAGGUACUUGGCGUACGUAGUGGUUUUGGGUCUCGGUUCCGUUAUCUCUUUCACUCUUGACAACCAAACGUUCCAUUAUUACGCCCGAACUCCAGCUAUCACAUCGGCGGCAUCGGCGAACACCAUUUUGUGCCGGAUGCGUCCUCCCAGACAGAUUCGAACUGCGGCCAUCAUUGAUCGCGACCGUGUUCGUAUUGCAAGGUCACGUGGCGCGAACGUGGAAUGUGCUGACGAUGGACGCUGUGCCAACUCAGAGUUCAUGCGUUCCCUAACCCUAACUACAGCGCUACCAUCUCCUAUUAUGGAAGAGCUCAAAUUCCCGUGUGAUUCACCUUAACUGCUAGCGAACUUACUCCAGCACACACUAAAUGCACUGCACGCUCUCCGGUUUUUUGCACUACUUUCGUGGAUCUUAUGAGGGCUUUGGAUACAGCGGAUAGCGAUGACAGCGGUGCUGGUAGUGGCGGAAUAUGAAGCAGUACCCGUCGCAAACCGCAAGUAGUUAGACUAGGAAUUUUCCUGAACACGGCAACCCGAGGCGCAAUAACAUACUAACGAAUCACAGGGGUACUUACUGUGUGUCGUGCUUUUGCGUCUCGGUUCUGUUAGCUGUUUAACUCUUGACAAUCGAAAGUACCAGUUUUACGCACAAACUCCAGUUACCACGCCGUUGGCGCCAGCAAACUUCAUUUUGUGGCCGACGCAUCUCCCUGGACUGAUUUGAACUGCGGCCAUCAUUGAUCGCGACCGUGUUCGUCUUACAAGGUCACGUGGUGUAAACGCGAAAUGUGCUGACAAUGGCAGCUGUUCCAACGGCGUGUAAACUCGGAGUUCAUGAGGGCACUAACCCUAACCAUAGCCCUAACAUCCUCUUUAUUAUAGGUGGGAUCCUGUUUCGUUUGCAUUACCUUAACAGCUAGCUAACUCACUCGAGCCUAUGUGGAAUGUCCUGCUUGCCAUCGCUUUUUCUGCAGUUUGGACUCCCUUCCCAGUUCUUAUGAGUAAUUUUACUUCUUUGCAAAUCACAUAUAUCCUUACGUUUAGUUGUUGUGUUGCGAUGUCGUAGCACAGUGUGGAUUGUGGAAAUUCCCCCCGAGGGUGAAAAAGACAUCCGAUGUACUCAGUUUCAGAAAAUUGCCGGACGGUCUAGGUCAAAUAAAGAACACGAAAUACGCUGAGUUCAGCAGUACCUAUAUAGAGGAGGGUACGCUGUGUAGUGAUGUAGCUAUAACAUUUUCUCGAACUUGGCUUGGUCCCCUUAUAAUCCUAGCCCUUUUCCGGUAAUCUACCAACACCAUAUCAGUUACGCUCCUUCGAACUUUAAUCCUAUUUGCCAUUACAAACUGCUAUAUAUGGCAAUUCGUGGAUACGAUCAACCCGGUGACUUAUCUCCAGGCAUCCUUUGCAGAUAAUUUUUGGCACUAAUUAAAGCAAGCACCCUGCUAAUAUAACGAUGGGGAGGUCCGAUGAGGAUACCGGAUAUUUGGUCAUUGGAAUUUGCUCGGUAAAUCUGAAACUGGCUUAACUGCUAAGAAUAUCUUAGCCGAAAUGAGGUGAUAUGAAUUUAGCCGUGUGCCAGAUCACAUGAAUUACUUGGAUAAUAACUGACAUGAGGUAUUUCAAUUUAGGAAUUGCGCAUGGCCAUUAAGGACCAUAUCCAAGUGUAUUUUCUUUACCAUUGCUCAACAGAAUAACUUAAUUUUAAAAUUAAACUUUUACCUGGCUUUCAUUCAUUUAACUUGAAGGGCCGAAAGCAUUUAAACAAACCUUAUAUUUAUUUCUCCAUGAAUACUAGCAGUACUUAAAACUUUUUAGCAGUCAAAACGUUCUUUUCGGAGAAAUUUAGCUGGUGUUAAAUCGGAAAGUGUUGUGGGGUCUUUUAACAAAUGUGGUCCUUGGAAGUUCCCUUCGAACUUGCUCGAUGGGUAUACGCGUCUGAAACUGGCGGCCAAACUAGUAGAGUCAGUGUGUCUGGGUGAAAAAAUGAUUGCAUGUUGUUCCCGAUGCAUUUUUUUAUAAGCUACCAUUCAUACGUGCCCUUUUCCUAAACAUUUCAUGCAAAAGUCUUUAGAGAAUGAAUUUCAAGGUGAAAGCAAUGGUUAAAUCGCAGUCACCCUUUGAGGAUGAUCAGAUAUUAUCAGAUAACGUUCUCCAAAUCCGCAUUAUGCAUAGGAUCACUGACGAUUGACCAGAAGUCAAUUAUUUUCAUCACCAAAAGCGGCCCCAUCGGCCUCAUGUCUUGGUGUAAGCCGGUUGCCUACCGUCUGUGGUAAACGACAACCCCGUAAGGCGUGAAAAGGCAGCUGCCGGCGUACGAGACGCUGUUGACGGCAUAAGUGCGCUUCUGGUUUGGUCGCAAAACAGCGUGUCCUUAUUGGAGAUGAUUUCUGAGACCUGGUGAACUGUUGCUCCCUCAAGGCUCAGUUCUCGGACGCUUACUCUUUAUCCUUUAUGUCAAUGACAGCCUUCAAGAACUCAAGUGCAGUGCAACAAUCUUUGCUGACAACGUUAAUCUCUGGAAAAUCCCUAAGGACACGAAUGACCAGAAGGCCCUUCAAAAUCAUCUUCGCCGACUGAAAAUGUAGUCCGAGAAAUGGCUUCUGGAUUUCAGUGUGCAGAAGUUUGCCGUCCUUCAUCUGCGUCCAAUCAACUGCCAUUCAAAUCACAGCAAGAGGGCAUAUCUCCUGGAGGACAGUACUCUUCCCGCCGAAUCUUUGCAGAACGCUCUCAGUGUAUGGACCCAGAGCAGCAUGAAGUCAGCACUGCAGUGCACCAAGGCUGCAAACAUGGUCAUGGGAAUAGUCCGUGCCAUCGGACGGGCGUUUGUAACCUUUGCUAAAUAGGAGUCUUGGGAGAGUUAACGGCAAGUUUGUUCAUCCCCAUCUAUAACAUGGCGUAAAAGCGUGUUAGCCAUGGCCAGAAAAGGACCAAACAUGCCUUGAGAGAGUACAAGGCCGGACAACAAUGCUGAUAAUGGGUUUAAAGAACCAAUCUUACAUGGAAAGACUGAACUGCCUUAAUAAAUUCCGUCUACGUUACACUGACAGAUCUAAGCCUUAUAAUGAUUGUCUAAUUUGCUCCAGUAUGUUAAGAGGUCUUGGUCGGAAUCUGACAUAAAUCAAAGACUAACACUAGAAAACACGUUCACCACUGAUUAGUGGUUUUUUUCGACGUACUGGUGUGUUCAUCGUAAAAUUAAAUACACCCUGUCGCUUACUGGCAUUGAGUUCAUCAGCAUUGAUGCCUUAAAGUGCACCAAGUUUCGAAUGUCAGUGCCAAGUCUGAAAUUCACACAGGUACUUACUGUGUGUCCUGGUCUUAAGACGUAUUGGUCGCGCGAGCUGCUUUGCACUGGCUAACCGGGUAUUUAAGUAGUAAGCCCAAAUGCGCCAUACUACGUCGUCAGCAUUAUUCAGCUCCCUUGUGUUAUAUACAACUUCUCGAACAGGCUAACAGUCCGGAACCAAACUGCGGACAUAUGCAUCGUCGCCGUUGUCGCCUUGCAGGGUUACGUGGCGUGGACCUGAAAUAUGCAGCCUUUACUGUUGAACUUGCUCAAAAGACAGCAUUUUAUUGCGUAUCGACCACGCAGCGCAGCUCACCAUUAAAUGAGAAAUUUUCACAGUGCUGUAACACGCACACCUGUGCUCUCAGUAUGCAUGUGAUAUCGACGUUAGUGGAAACCAAUAUCUUCAGCCAAAAUAGGCGUUUCAAAAAACGACUGGAUGUGGGUUAUGAAGUUGACUGGCAAGAGAGGUUUAAUCAGAACCAACCACCGUUAUGAGAAUUGUUGUCUAAUGAAUAAAGCACGACAGUUAUCCUAAAAAGUAUUUCUGGAUUGCCCACAAAAAUCGGAAUAAUUUUGUAAGGCUUUUCAAGUUAUUAUGAAAAUACCGAUUCGUGGAAUCUGCAUCGCCUUCAAAGACAUCUGUGCGAGUGAUUACGACGAUGACGUUCGACUUGAUGACCACGAUGACGCAGGGGAUGUUGAUGGGACUGUCGAGGAGGAAGAAGAAGAAUGAGAAAUGCAGCGGCUGAUUUACCGGUGACGUUUGUUUACCUGAACUGGGGUAAUCAAUAAUCUAUGGUAAUACUCUCAUUUUUUCAAUAAAACCUCGGCAGCCCGAUGUAGGUAUAGGGAGACACUGCUGGUGUCCACAUAGCAGCAUGCGCCGAAAAAUAAGAAACAGCUGGCCAAUAUUUUCGACAUAUUUUCAGAUAAAAUGUAUGGGCAAAGAGGAAGAAGAAGAUGAUGAUGAUGACGAGGAGGAGGAGGAGGAGGAGGAGAGGGGGAGGAGGAGGAGGAUUAUGACGAUGGUGGUGACGAUGAUGAUGCUGCUGCUGCUGCUGCUGCUGCUGCUGCUGCUGCUGAUGAUGAUGAUGAUGAUGAUGAUGAUGAUGAUGAUGAUGAUGAUGAUGAUGAUGAUGAUGUCUGA